CAGCGCGACAGCGCGGUGACAAACGCGACUGCGGCCGGGGCGGCUGCCGAGAAGUGGCCCCGGUGGGUGCUGCCUGGAGGCAUUGCCCCAGUGGGGUGCUGCCCUAAUCGGGUGCUGCCCUGGAGGCGCAGCCCGGUGGGGUGUCUGCCUGUGGGGUGCUGCCCCGGUGGGUGCUGCCUGGAGGCACUGCCCAGUGGGGUGCUUCCCCGGUGGAGCAUUGGCCGAUGGGGUGUUGCCCUGGAGGUGCUGUCCUGGAAGCACCACAGGCAGCGAGUGUGGGUGAAGGGCUCUCUUGAAGCACCAAUUAAGUUCUUUUCUAGAGGUCACCACCAGACAGGGGUUUUUUAACAAUGAACAGUGUUUCCAAAAGCCUCUUGAGGUCAGUUAACCCCGGCCGGGCUGCCUGGCUGAGGAGCUGCUCCGCUCACUCCGGGAAACAGCGCCUUCGGAAGCUGGUCCUGGGCAUAGAGACAAGCUGCGACGACACCGGCGCUGCUGUGGUGGACGAUGCUGGCCAUGUGCUGGGAGAAGCUCUGCACUGUCAGAAGGAAGUCCAUUUGCAAGCAGGUGGAAUAAUUCCUGUGGUGGCCCAGCAACUUCACAGAGAAAACAUCGAGGGAGUAGUAAAAGAAGCGCUCAGUGUCAGCGGAGUUUGUGUAGGUGACCUUGCAGCUAUUGCGACUACAGUGAAACCAGGACUUGCCCUCAGCCUUGGAGUGGGGCUGGAGUACAGCUUGGGCUUGGUCAGCAGGUACCAGACACCCUUCAUACCCAUUCAUCACGUGGAGGCUCACGCACUGACCGUCAGACUCACCCAUCACGUGGAAUUCCCCUUCUUGGUUCUUUUACUCUCUGGAGGGCACUGCAUCUUGGCAGUAGCUCAAGGAGUUUCAGAUUUCCUUCUGCUUGGACAGACCAUAGAUAUAGCACCGGGUGACAUGCUGGAUAAGGUGGCCAGGAGGCUGUCUCUGAGGAAGCACCCGGAGUGCCACAGCAUGGCCGGGGGGAAGGCGAUAGAGCACUUGGCUCAAACUGGAAACCGGCAACAGCACACCUUCAGGCUUCCCUUGCAACAGUACCGUAACUGUGACUUCUCUUUUUCUGGACUUCAGAACCUCGUCAAUAACGUCAUUAUACAAAAAGAAAAAGAAGAAGGUAUUCGAGAAGGUGAGCUCCUGUCCUGUGUCAAGGAUAUUGCUGCUGCUGCACAGCACGCAGUGGCUCUUCAUAUUAUCCAGCGGACCUAUCGAGCCAUGCUGUUCUGCAUAAAAAAUAGCAUAUUACCAUCAAAAAAUGCAACUUUGGUUGUGUCAGGAGGAGUUGCAAGCAAUCAGUAUAUCCGAAAAGGUCUACAGGCUUUGGCAGAUGCAAACGAUUUUGCUUUACUGUGUCCUCCUCCAAGACUGUGCACCGAUAACGGUGUCAUGAUCGCAUGGAAUGGCAUCGAAAGGUUACGUGCGGGACUUGGUGUUUUACACAGUCCUGAGGGCAUCCGCUAUGAACCCAGAGCUCCCCUUGGAAUUGAUAUUUCAAAAAGAGUUGAAGAAGAUUCCAUCAAAGUGCCAAAAUUAAAAAAGAAGAUACAAUGGUUGGCAUCUUAAAAAAGAACUUUGUAAAGUAAAUGCAACUAUAAAUUGUUCAAUAAAAAUACUUUUAGUGCUGUUACAUUUGCUGAUGGUACUUGGUUUAUAAGCGUUGAAAAUCACCUGUCAGAGAAAUAAAUGCUGCGUGGUAUCACCAAACUGAUUCCAGUUACUGCUCCACUAAUGUCUAAGGGUUCUAAGUAUUAAUAAAAAAAAAUAAAAAUUAAAAGUGCACUUUCUAAUAAAUAAACUAAUUUGUCUAAUAAACUUAGACAAAUGAAAACAUCUUCGCUGUUUAAACUCUGUAACUUAUAAGGUGUUUAUCUAUUUAUGAGAUAUACCAUAUAAUUUAACUAUAUAAUUCAUAUGUUUUAACUUACACUACAUGUUAAAAAAAAAAUUCGUAUUUUCCAAUUUUCUAUGAUUGACAAGUUACAGAAAGUAAACACAGAAGAGCACAGAUUUUAAAGAAGAUCUCGAUGUAUUAGCUGUGCCAGAAGCUGAACUUCAACAGUAUCUAAUUUUCUGCUGCUGGUGUGAGAAGCCUAUUUUUAUACAAAAUUAAAAUUUUCAGAUAUAGGGCUAGUGCCUCUUUAUUUUUUUUUAUUUUUUUUUUUAUAAGCAGAUCAGCAAAGCUAAUCACUGUGUGAAUCAGCUUUUAAGAUGCAAGUUCUGAAUUUUGAUGUAAAUAAUGGAUUAUUUGACUUUGCCUCUUGAUAAUCAGUGUAAGGUGCUUUUACAGUGUUAUUCACUACAAUGGUAUUUACUGAAAUAAAUCAUUCAAGUAUUAAGCACCUA